GUGUCAUUCCCUCUUACCCGGGAACACCUCAUUGUGUGAUUUCGGUGGGAGGGAUAGAGAGAGCUCUUCUUUUUGACGCUGGGUUUCCUGUCUGGAGGCGGGGAGAGCUGGGGAGUGCAGGUGAUACAAUGAUGUCAGCUGUCCACACCUUUCCCAGUACUGAGAUUCCAUGAGGUGCCCGUGUUACACCGCCAGAUGAGCCUCCAAUGUACACAACAUGUUUGAGGAGAGGGGACGCUUUGAGGGAUUCAACCGUAGGAUUUCCCGCCUGUUCGAAUCUCCGAGGUUCUCGGCCUUCUCCUCCUACCACAAUGACAAGUUGCCCAGCACCAUCCCCCUUGGCACUGAGUAUUACGAUACCGAUUACCCUUUAAGUGUCACCUCUACGCCAACCCCCGGAUCACUCGGAGAAGCUGGCGAACACUAUGAGAAUAUAAUCGGCGAAAGCGUGUAUCAUGCGCAGCUGAGUAACAGUACGAGCGAUCUGGACAUGGAGCUGCUGUCCGCCACGGCCGAGACCAUACAAGCAACGUUCCAAAGCGGACUGAAGAAUGGCAACGCCACGAACAGUAACAACAACGUCAACCGGUACAGCCAUAUGGGCUCCGGGUCCUUCUCUCCAUUCGGAAGCAAAGUCAACUCCAAUAAUCGAAAACUCAACUACGUGGAGCGCGUGGUGCUCGAAAUCAUAGAAACGGAGAGGAUGUAUGUUCAGGAUCUACGAAGUAUUGUGGAGGAUUACCUGGGAGGCAUCAUAGACAAACACGAGCUGCCCAUGAAACCGGAACAAGUCAGCGCGCUCUUUGGGAACAUCGAGGAUAUCUACGAACUGAACAGUCGGCUUCUCCAAGAUCUUUAUAGUUGCAGUGAAGACCCUGUGGCCGUUGCUAGCUGCUUUGUGGAAAAGAGCCAUUACUUUGAUAUUUACACCCAGUACUGUAACAACUACCCCAACUCUGUGGCCACCUUGACCGAAUGUAUGAGGAACAAAGUCUUGGGGAAAUUUUUUCGAGAAAGGCAGGAGAUGCUCAAGCAUAGCCUUCCCUUGGGAUCCUUCCUCUUAAAACCCGUCCAGAGAAUCCUAAAGUAUCAUCUCCUGUUACAGGAAAUAGCGAAACAUUUCGAUAUGGAUAAAGAAGGAUACGAGGUGGUGGAGGAAGCCAUCGAGACCAUGACCGGGGUAGCUUGGUACAUCAACGACAUGAAGAGGAAACACGAGCACGCCGUACGCCAACAGGAGAUUCAGUCUUUGUUACUCAAUUGGAAAGGCCUGGACCUGACCACGUAUGGGGAGCUGGUCCUGGAGGGGACGUUCCGGGUACAGCGCGCCCGCAGUGAGAGGACGUUCUUCCUGUUUGACAAGGCCUUACUGAUCACGAAGAAACGCGGAGACCACUUUGUGUACAAGACCCAUAUCCCGUGUUCACAUCUGAUGCUGAUCGAGAGUACGAGAGACUCCCUCUGCUUUACUUUAACCCAUUAUAAGAACAGCAAACAGCAACAUAACGUUGAGGCCAAAACAGUGGAAGAGAAACGUCUAUGGACCCAUCACAUAAAGAAGCUUAUUCUAGAGAACCAUCAUGCUAUUAUUCCCCAAAAGGCCAAGGAAGCCAUUCUGGAGAUGGACGCCAUGUAUCCCGGACGUUAUAGAUACAGCCCGGAGAGAGUGAAGAAAACAAUGUCUGCUGUGGAUCCCAUCGCGCAGCGGUCAGGACGCAGGCAGUCCGAGCCAAUAAAAAAUAUGCUAAAGGAUUUGGAUGAGAAGGUUAACCUAAAGCAUUCAGGCAGCGAUGAAGCUCUCCUAGAUUUUGGGGACCUCCUGCAGCACACUAUGAGCGUUCUGACCCCAAGCGGCAAUGAUCCGCAGACCGAGGGAGAGAAGGACCACCCGGCCACUACUGAGCUGAUAAGAGGCCCCGAGGCUGAACUCAGUGCCCCCGAAGAAGAAGACCAUGAGGACGACAUGCAGAUGGAAGAUAAUGGACAGCACAAAGAUUCUCUGCAGUAUGAUAUAUCAAAGGGAUUUAAAAGGCAAAAUAGUCAUUCUCCUGGGAACCCUGAAAAGAGAAGGAGUAUUGAAGUCACAGCCUUCAACCAAGAGGUGUUGGAUGAAAAAAAUAAUUCUGAACCAGAAGAGGUCUAUAUUGCCGACAUGAUCACUACAUCCGAAAUUGAUAUAGAAACUUCUUCGGCAACUACCGACAACCAGUCAUUUGAAGAAGGAUCAGAAACCUAUUUUGAUGUCUGUAAGCCUCUGGAAAAUGGGAUUGUGGAACAUGCAGAAGAUAUAAAGACUUUUAGCAGUGAGGAGGAUGAGGAGGAAACUGGUAUUCAUGAAUCUUCCAGCAUCCUUCCACCAUCCGUGUUGGAUCAGGCCAGUGUGAUUGCUGAGAGGUUCCUUAGUAAUCACUCCAGAAGGAGCAGCUUGGCCUUGGACGAUGGAAAAGUCAUCGGCUAUAUAACUCCCAGGCAUUUGAGCAGGAGUAGUAGCUUGAUAAACCUAGAUGGUACAGAUAAAAGUCUUUGUCAGUAUGGAUCCUCGGAUUUCCUAAAAUCUCAUCAAGUUGUUUUGCCGAAUGGUGAAAUGGCUUAUGCCGAGCCUUCACUCAGCAAAGUCAACUCUGUCGAAAGUGUCUUCGAAGAAAAAGACAGACCCGUUUGUAAACCAAGAGAGUCAAUUCUCUCUUUCCAAGACCAACAACUUAUCGACAAGAUAAAGACCUAUUAUGACAAGGCUGAACACCAGGAUGCAUCUUUUAGCAUCAAACGCAGAGAAAGCUUAACGUACAUUCCCACCGGAGUAGUGAAAAACUCUAUAUUUAAGAUUAACAGUCUUCCAAGAUAUGACGGCCAUCUGAGUUCCUAUAGAAGACAGAGAAUUGAAUCAUCUUCUGGGAGUAUUGCCCGUGAGGGUAGGCAGCAUACCGCUCAUGUAGAUACCUCCACUACAGUAGAAGCAGGUGGUAACGCCAACUCCACCCAACACACGCAACCUUCUGGGACAUCUGCUAAGAGUGAAGAUCUAGACAUGCCACCUCCAGUUUCUGAUGAAGAAUUUAGAUCUUCAUCGGAAAUGGUUAAAGUUUGGGAAGAAAUGGAAAAAGAAAGAGGUUAUCGCACAAAUGAAGACUCUGUUAGCCAUCCCGGCAAAACACCACUAUCAAUAGAAAACCCAAUGGAUUCUCAUGAACCACUGAUCAUACUGGAAGAGAGUGAUUUGAGUACUAUUAAAGAAGAAUCCCAAAAUAAUACACCAGACCCGUCAUCUCCUGAACAGCUCAGAAAUCAACAAGAAACCAUGAAUUUUGGCAAUCAGGACUACAAGACCCCCGUCAAGGACCACCCCACGCUUGCAGAGCUGGCCAGCUAUAUGGAUGUAAAUUUGCCAGAAAACAUAAAAAACAGAGUCUAUCAACUAGCCAGGCAAUACAGCCAAAGGAUAAAGUGCAAUAAACCAGUUGCUCACAGGCGUCUGAGGGAAAUAGAAGAUGAUAUGAGAAGGGGCAGCCUUCCCUCUGUAAAGGAAGAAAAGAAUGAAGGAAAAUGUAAACUGAAGACUGUAUUUUCUUUUCCUUUGUACGAACCCAUCGUUUCCCAAGAUCAUAGCCCAACGACUCCAACUCCGACCUCGUACAGGGAGAAAUCCCCCAAAAGACUGUCGUUCAACUCCCCAGAGAGUCCAGACGCGUCCGACUACAAAAGCCCCUUGAGUCCGGUCAAGACUGAGAAAUUCCAUUGGCCGGAUGUCCGAGAACUGAGGUCUAGGUACUCGAGUACGUCGGGGACCAGCAGAAGCCAAUCGGUCCCGGAUAAAAUGAUGGACCACAAUGCAGAAUAUUUGCCAGAUACACAAAACAAAGAUUCUAUCAGCCCUUCAUACAAAAGAUUCAUAAGACAUUCGGAGAGUAUGAAUGGUGUAGUGGAAGAAAUAAAUCUUUUUGAUAAAAUACCCAGUCAACCCUCAAACAUGGCUGUAAGCCCUAAAGUAUUGCACAACGGGGACUCCGGGCAAAUCCCAUACGAUGGCUACUAUAUAAGUGCCGAAACUCCUCUAGAAAAUGACAAAAAAGUCAUAAUAAUAGAAAAGAUCCCGUUCGCCUGCGAUGUUGACGACACCUACGUACACAUCCGAUCUCCCACCACCCGAGAAAAGAUAUCAAUAAAAGCCGUGGUAGAACGGUGCAAAGCUUAUCAGGAGUCAGAAGAAUAUAAGAUGAGGGAAGAAGUCUCCUGCACAGACGGUUCUGCAGAUGUUACGCAAGACCACUCCAAGCCAAAAGUCUUAACCACUAGUGACGCGGCCCAACAAAACAGAGUCAAAAACUUACGAGAAAAAUUCCAGACCUUGAAUUCGAAGGUCGGCAAACACUUGGAAUAACAUUUUAGACAUUUUGAUAAACUUUAAGAAUUUCCUGUACAUAGAUGAAAGGCAGAACGUCAAUUGGACUUUCCUUUUGUUACGAGAUGAAGAAGGUCUCGCGCGCGAUUCUUUAGAAGUACCGCAAAAUUACUAUUUAUAGAAGGGCUCAAAGAGUUUAAUGAUAGAAGCUUUGUAUAUAGUGUAUUUUAUUAACCAUACUUCUUCUUCUGUGGUCCAUGUGUAUAUUUUUGUCCUUAUGUAUAUUAAAUCUAUUGAUUAAGAUACAUGAACUAAGGUUU